AUGGUUCUGUUUCUGUUACACUUCCCUUCCCCCAAUUCUUUUCCCGAGAGAGAAAGGGUUCCUAAUUGCUUACAGUUCACCAGUGCCAUGUCUCUGAGUCCUGCUCCGAUUGCAUAUGAGGUUAGUGUCCUUCUUAUGGAAAUUCACCUUGUGUAA